UCCUAUUUUCUUCACACCAAAACCACAACCUAAUUGUAGCCAGCAUAUGUCUCAAAGGCCUUCUGUUCCACACGCUUCUUCCAUAGCUUGUGGCCUCCAUUCCCAUCUCCUGGUUUCCAGUGAGAUGUCCUCUAAUUCCAAUUGGUCCUAUCUCUAAUUCAUUCAAUUGGUUAUUCUUUUCCCAAAUUUUUUUCAUUCUUUGAAACCCUUUUUUUCUCUACUGACUCAAAAACCUAAAACAUCAUGGGAGUCAAAGGUUUUGUUGAAGGUGGCGUUGCUUCUAUCAUAGCAGGAUGUUCCACCCACCCGCUUGACCUAAUUAAGGUUCGCAUGCAACUCCAGGGUGAAAGCGCUCCUAAACCGAACCCGGUUCAGAAUCUCCGACCCGCUCUUGCUUUCGGUCAAACCGGAACAACUUCCAUCCACGUGGCACCUACUCCGGCUACUCCAGUUAUUCAGCCUCGCGUGGGUCCGAUCUCUGUUGGAGUCCGUCUCGUCCAACAAGAAGGCGUUAGAGCCUUAUUCUCCGGCGUCUCCGCCACUGUUCUCCGGCAGACACUCUACUCCACCACCAGGAUGGGUCUCUACGACAUCCUGAAAAACAAGUGGUCAGAUCGUGAAGCCGGUACCAUGCCGCUGCUUCGCAAGAUCGAAGCUGGACUCAUCGCCGGUGGAGUCGGAGCCGCAAUCGGAAACCCAGCCGAUGUUGCCAUGGUUAGAAUGCAAGCCGACGGGAGACUCCCGGCAUCUCAGCGUAGAAACUACAAAUCUGUCGUCGACGCCAUUACAAGAAUGGCUAAGCAAGAAGGCGUAACGAGUCUCUGGCGCGGUUCAUCUCUUACCGUUAACCGCGCCAUGCUCGUUACGGCUUCACAGCUGGCGUCUUACGAUCAGUUCAAGGAAAUUAUCCUGGAGAAGGGAGUGAUGAAGGACGGGCUUGGGACCCACGUGACAGCGAGUUUUGCGGCGGGAUUUGUGGCUGCGGUUGUGACGAAUCCGGUUGAUGUUAUUAAAACGAGGGUGAUGAAUAUGAGGGUGGAGGCUGGUAAGGAACCACCUUAUGCUGGUGCUUUGGAUUGUGCGGUGAAAACGGUUCGUGCUGAGGGUCCUAUGGCUCUUUACAAAGGGUUUAUACCUACGAUUUCGAGGCAGGGUCCUUUCACUGUUGUUCUGUUUGUUACUCUGGAGCAGGUUCGCAAGUUGUUGAAGGAUUUCUGAGUUAGUAGAUGAUGAUGAUGAUGACGAUGAUGACGAUGAAGAUGUUUAUUUACUUUAUAUUUUGAUUUGAUUCCAAAUAACUAUGUUUUGAUUUCUUGUGUUGUGAUGUGUUUGUUCUGAGAUGGUUAUUUUGUUAAUGUUAUUAAUUAAUGAAAACUAUGGUUUUAAAUGAGA